UAUGUUGCCACUCCUAAACCCUUUACCUAUAUCCUCCGCUUCGCUCUCUCUCUCUCUCUGGUCACUCACUGAUCUGAUUCUCCUGUAACGAAUCUGUUGUUGUCCAUCAACACCUCACAUGGCAGCAGCUUUAGCUUCAAGAAUCUCCCGUGGAGGACGUUCAUUACUUGGAAGUCUUAAGAAGAAUGAGUUCUCUGGAUCUAUUACUUCUUCCAAUGGAAUAAUGAAUGAAAGUAUCCUCCUUUCUCAGCAGCAACAGAGAAGGACAUUCAUUCAAAUGGGGACGGUUCUCAAAGUCGUGGACAACUCUGGAGCCAAGAAAGUGAUGUGUAUUCAAGCUCUCAAGGGUAAGAAAGGAGCUAGGCUUGGCGAUACGAUCGUUGCUUCGGUGAAAGAAGCCAUGCCAAACGGUAAAGUGAAGAAAGGAGCGGUUGUGUACGGUGUGGUUGUGAGAGCUGCGAUGCAGAGAGGCCGUGUUGAUGGAAGCGAAGUUAGGUUCGACGAUAACGCCGUUGUUCUUGUUGAUAAUAAAGACAAGAAAACUAAAACUGAUCGGCAGCCGAUUGGGACUAGAGUGUUUGGUCCUGUUCCUCACGAGCUUCGCAAGAAGAAACAUCUCAAGAUCCUUGCUUUGGCUCAACACAUUGCUUGAGACAACCAACAUAAAACCCUAAACCACGUAGUGUCUUUUUUUUUUAAAAUGUUAUCUCUUCCGUAUGGCAACAACAAGGCUACACCCAUCUC